GGAGCCCCGUCCCGGCUUUCCCCCCCUCCCGGGUGCCUAAGGAAGAAAGAGGCUGGAUUUCUGCCAAUCGCUCCUUCCCACCUAGGGCUCGGCGACACUCACCCUGCAGGUCUGGAACUCAAGGUCCUGGGUGUGGGCUGGCCAGUGAAUGAGGGUGGAGGCAGGACAGGCCAGCCCAGCCCCGCAAGCCUCUGGGUGGGGCUCAGGGCCCCUGGGGGACAUAAUAGCGGCCCCUUGGGAAGUGGCUUCAGACGCUGGCUCUCUGAAAGGAGUCUGAAGCUGGUGGUGAGCGGGUGCAGAGGGUCAGCCAGGGAAGGCCAGGGUUUGGGGAGGGGAGGCAGGAGCCUGAGCCGGGUACGACACAGGGGCCCACGGACUCGCGCUGUCUCCAGGAGCCAUGAAAGGCCCCUGGCUUGUCUUGCUGGUUGUGCUGCUCUGCUCGGAGCUUGCCUGGAGCCUGUCGUGCUACGUCUGUUUUGGCAUUGGCGACAUCAGACAUUGUCCAACCACCCAGUGCAGCUGGAACUCUUCGAUCUGCUUUAAGAGCAAGAUGACCACGGCUGCGGCCAGUGGAAAGGUGGAGACCUACUUCAUGAACUGUGCCCCUUCCUGCCAGGCAGCUACCCAGAUGAUGCAGGAGCUGGCAGCCAUGACAAACCCCAAGUCUGAAGUGCAGGACGUGGCCUGCUGCCAAAAUGACCUGUGCAACACCGCCGUGGCCCCGGCGGGGCGCAGCCUCUGGGUCCUGGCUGGGGGGCUCCUGUUCAGCCUGGGCCCCACCCUCCUCUGGGCCCUGCAGUGAGGACCCCCGUGACGAAGAUUAGAGGGGCAGGGGCCCUGUUCCCGAGCCUGGUCCCAUGGGGCAGUACCGCGGGCCCAGCUCAGCAGGCUCUUGCACACGCAGGUGCGCACACACGCACACACUCAGAUGCAUGCAUGCGCAGGACCUCCCCCCAGGCCCACUGCCGCCCCUGGGCCACCGCAGCCCACCCACCCGACCAGCCCAGCCGCCGGCACCCAGCGAGCCUGCACAUUUGCAAAAACCAUCAAUCAACCCCCGACCGAGAAGCAGAGGCCACCGGGCCCUGGCUGGACCGGCCACUAGGAGGGCAGAGCCACAGCCCGCCUGGCCUGGGUCCGGCUACCUGCGCGCCAGCAUCCUCUGCGGAAAAUAAACCCCUUCCACCUUC